AUGUAUCAGCAGAAGCCUAAAGGGAUCAUCACUGAUGGGGAUGCUGCAAUGAUCGCCACUGUUGGUAAAGUCUUUCCAGGCGUGUGGUACCGUGUUUGUACGUGGCAUAUUGAGAAGAACAUGAAGAAGCACAUUGACUCCCUGGCUCACAAUGAAUUCUGGUCGCUGCUGUACUACACCACUUCAGAACAAGUAUUCGAGGAGAGAUGGAGGGCAUUCGUCGAGAAGCACCAGACGGAAUUAACCAAAGAAUGGAUGAAGAGGAUGUAUAGGAGGAAGAAGUUGUGGUCAGCCGCGUAUCUAGCGAAUGGAUAUUUCCUCGGAAUGAAAAGCAACCAGAGGAGCGGGAGUUUGAACUCCACCCUACACACCCACCUUGACUUUGGACUGACAAUGGUGGAUAUGGUUGUGCACUACGAGAAUAACAGUAGCCGUGUCCGGGAGGAAGAGGCCCGCCAGGACACCAUAGACUCUCAGACAGUACCGGUUGCAGUUACCAGGUACAAGGAUAUAGAGAUGUCUGCUGCCCGUAAAUUCACUGCUACAAACUUCUACCUCGUUCAAGGGGAGCUGAAAAAGAUUGGGGGCCUAGAGAUUGUAGAUCAACUUGGAUGUGCUUGGUGGGUUAACAACCUUCGUUGUGUCAUGGAUGUUCACAAAAACGUGUGA